AUGUUACAAUUUCAAUAUGAGAGAACAUUUAUAUUAAACAAAACAAAUGGAUAUGUAUUGUAUGAUGACAUGAUAAAAUUUUUUUCAUGGUUACUGAAAUUGAAGAUGGAAAAUAAUAUUAUCAAGAAAUAUUUGCUGAAGAAGAAAAAAGAAGUAGGCUUGCUUGGUUACUUAGUGAUUGUUUUCAAAUGGAUUCAGGAAGGAAUUCUUUUCCUUUGUGUGAUGAAUGGAGUUCUAAUAGAGGGAAAUGGUGCAUGUUUUCCCCUUUUAUGUGACAGGUCCAAGGCUUUUAAGCUUCAAGUAGAGGGUUUAGUGAAUGACUUGAAAACCUCAGCAUUAUCAACACAAGAAAAACUAGAAACAAUUGAAGAAAAAUCAGAAAAUCUUGUUCAAAACUCAAAUCAAAUACAAGAGUCAAUCAUAACAAUUGAUGAACAAUCCCAGAAAGUGGGUGAAAAUCUCAAGAACUUGUUGGGUGAUUUUGGGAUUGUAAUGAGGCAUUCAAAAGGGCUUAAUGAGCAAGCCAAGGGGAUUUCCUUGUCUCAAAUGGAGUUAUUAGAAGGACAAGGUUUAAUGAAGGAGAAAAUGGAGGAAAGUACUGCACAUAUUCUAGAAUCUUCCAGUAAUCUAAGACAAGAAAUUGAUGUUUUAGAGAAGAAAACAGGGGAAGUUGGAAAGGAAGUUAUUAAGGUUGGAGCAGGAUUAUCUAAAAAGUUGCAAAAUCUUCAAGGAAAAACAGAUGAUAUUGCUGAUAUGGCUGGGAUCACUGUAGAGAAGCAACAUGAACUUCUUGUUGGGCAAUCUGAGGCUCUUAAGGGUCUUCAAUCUCUUACUGAAUUUCAGUCUGAAGCUCUUGAAGAAAGCAGGGUUAGUUUACAAGAAAUAGUAGGAUUUGCACAUGGACAACACCAAGAACUGCAGGAGCAGCAGAAGCAGCUACUGCAGGCUCACAAUCUUUUGGCUAUUAAUUCAAAAUCAAUGUUGGAAGCUCAGGAAGCUUUCGAGUCGAAACAAGGAAAUAUGUUUAAGGCAAUUGAUAAGCUCUUUGCCUUGCACAAUGCCAUGCUACUUGAGUCAAGGCUUAUUAAAGCUAUUUUCAUCUACUCACUCUUAAUUGUGGUCAUUUACAUGUUCACUAGCACAAAGCAAACUUACUCUGUGAGAUGUAGUCUUUACAUAGGUCUAUGCAUUGCAUUUGCCCUAGAGUGUGGAAUACUACAGUUUUCAAGUAUUGAGAUUGAACAAAAAACUCAAUUAAGAACUAUAAUUAAAUCACUUCUUUGUGGUUUUGCUCUCAUCCAACUUUUAUACUCUUUCAUCACUUACAGGGAUUAUGAAGCACUAAAUCACAAUAUGUUAGCAACUUUGAUAGAAAAAGUAAAUAAGAUUGAAAAAGUAAGAGAUUUUUCAUUGGAAGAUGACUGGGAAGAUGAUAGUCAUAUUGAUUGGCUUUCAUGGGUAGAGAUGGAUUUGCCUGAAGAUUUAAGCAUCAAUGAAGAUCCUGACUAUAUGCCACCAAUACUUGAUCAACAUGUAGGAACUUCACAAAAUUUUAAAUAA